GCAAAAUAUAUAAUCUACCUGAGCUUCAUUACAAUCAUUUCUGUUUUCAGAAAAUGGCAACAAAACUUAGCAUCAUUGUUUUCUCCAUUGUUGUGUUACAUCUUCUUCUGUCUGCCCAUAUGCAUCCUAUAUACUUGGAAUCUCCUGCUCGACAACCACAACCACCACAGUCGCAACCACAACUGCCGCAUCACAAUAACUCUCAAUACGGUACUACUCAAGGCAGUCUUCAACCCCAAGAGUGCGGGCCAAGGUGUGGAGAUAGAUGCUCGAAUACACAAUACAAGAAGCCGUGUUUGUUCUUCUGCAACAAAUGUUGUAACAAGUGCUUGUGUGUGCCCCCAGGUACUUAUGGCAAUAAGCAAGUAUGUCCUUGCUAUAACAACUGGAAGACCAAGAGCGGUGGACCAAAAUGCCCUUAGUUUCUCCUCUUAAUUACUUUAGCAUAAACUCCAUGUAAUUUGUUAAUCUACCUAUCAUAAUUUAUAUAUGUAUUGGACUCUUCC